AUGGUGAGCACUAGAAGAGGGCGUGGUGCUCCACCGUCAUUGACACUGGCUUCUCAGAAUCCUAUGGAUGGUUUGAGGGACAGUAAAGGACCAGUGACCAGUGAUCUUCAUCCUGGACACACGUGCUCUUUGGCUUCAGUCACUGAGAUAUCAUCUACUAUAUUAUCCUCAUCUCUUAUAUCUACAGUUGUUGUUUCCUCUUCUUCUCUGACCAUGUCUGAAAAUUUCCAAAAUCCAUCUUUACUUGGAACUUCACAUUCUCUGCAGCUCCCUGCUCCUGUGGUGAGCCAUGCAGCUUCUUCCUUAACAGGAAGAGGCUGCGAUUUCUCCAGAGUCUCUGCUCCCACUGCCAGUUCGACAUGGCUGCCGCCAUCAGCCUCUGGCACCUCUUUCCAGCCACUCAUGGGUACUGCCUACCUUUACCAACAUCCCAGCACAACUAUGUUGUCUGCAGUUACCAGCCAGCGCCAGAUCUCCACUUCAGUCGGAGACUUCACUAUGACUGUCACUAACCAGAACAGAGCCAUGAGUAUGGCAACUCAGUAUGCUCAGACUUCGUAUGCCAAUUACAUGGUCCCUGUGUAUCCAUCACUUCCUGGCAGGCUUGUUCAGGGAAUACCAACCCAGAUGCUAAAUCAGGGACAUAGUCUGUCACAUCCUUACCAGCAAGGGAGCCAGAUAUAUUAUUACAAUCGAGGCACAACGGGGACUCUGCGAUCUGGAGAACUUGUCCCCUGCUGGCAAUCCUAUGGCUCUGUGACAAAUACAGGAAGUAGGGCCUCUGCCCCUCAACCAGAAAUGAUGGUACUGCAGGAGAUUCAGCCCGCAGGUACCCAACCACCACUCUCCACAUCUGGAAUCCACUACUACGUGUCUACUCAAACCAUCACAGAAACACGUUUUCAAGUGAUGGAGACUUCCCGGGGUUUGCAGCCUCACCAGAUAUUUUGUCUGCCACAACAUCCACAUAGCCAGACACUUGAGAAUAACCCACCACCUGAGGUUGGAGGCAUUUCAGUGAGAGCUUCAGUGCACGGUUCUGGUAAUCCCUCGACACUUCCUCCAGCUAAAAAUCAGGAACAAACACAGAAUAACAAUAUGGAGGAUAGUAAAAACAAGCUUCUGAAGCCUCUGGAUGCCUCCCAGAUCACAGCAGAAAACCAAGAUGAUGUACUACUGCCUAUACACAUCCCUGAUACUCACCAUCUCCAGGCCUGCACUGAUCCCCUCAACCGAGAGAAGCAGCCUCGUUCUGAAAACAUUGAUCUGGGGAACAAUAGCCUGAGCCUUGAGGACCAAGGCACACUUAUAAAAGAGAACGAAUCGAACAGCAGUUUUGCAAACGUUGCUGACCAGGCAGGAGACAGUCACCUUCCUCAGUUCUUCAGUUCCUUGAAAAACUUUAUUCAGUCCAAAGGUCCCAAGAUGAGCAAAACCCAAGAUACCAGAGCCACCGAAUUAAACCAGGUGCAGAAAAGGUCAUGUGCAAAAAAGAGGUCUUCUGGUCAAGCAAUGAAGAACAAUCAUGAAGCCUCUGAGCCUCUCAGUGGUGCUCCCGAGGCAACGGAGGGAGACAUGAAUAUCUGCAAUGUUGCAGAUGGUGAUGAGGCCCCUGCAAACAAGUCCAAGCGUUCUAGAUGCAAAUCUCCAAUCACUGCACCAAGGAGGACCAGAAAAACUAGGAGCAGUGCACAGAAGACCACAAGAACCAGAAAAAGGAACUCCAAGAAAGCUGAAGAGGGUGAGCAGUCUGGAAACAAAGUCAAAGCACAAAAAGAGCCAACCAUUCCCCGGAUGAAGCGGAAGAAAGAUGAACCUGAGCUCAGCCAAGAGAACUUUGAAACACCUCUAAGCAGGCUAGGCAUGCACAUGCUGGAGUCUGUGCAGGUUUUUCAUGCACUGGGGAAGAGGAUUGAUAAGAAACCUCGAUUCUCUUCUUCCCAGGACUUGGGAAAUUCGAGGAACCCCAAAGACCCCCAGCCACCCCUGGCCACCAAACCACGGCUGAAUAUUCUACGUGAGGGGAAAAGACUUCAGAGAACUCAUGUCAAAGACCAGAAACCAGAUGGCAGUGUCAACAAAGAGUGUCCAUCUCCAUCUCAGAGUGAACUGCCACCUCCUGGGAAGCUCAAAUUUGUGCCUUUGCAUUUUUUGACGGAGGAAAGGUCUCCAGUUUGCCGAGUUCCUCGUAGGCGAUGGUCUCCGGCCUCAGACCAGCCAGCUUUGGCGUCCUCUACCCAGCCUGGCUCUACAAAUGCAGCUCUGUCUACUGCAGUCAAUUCAUCCCAGCAAGCCCCUGCAUCUUUAACAGAUCCUGCCUGCUCAUCUCUGGGUCCAGUCUCGACCAACUCAACCCAACCAGACCUGACUAAGUCUACCCAGCCUAGUGUCACCAAGUCUGCUGCUUCUAGACCUGUACCCUACAGAACACUACCUUGCACUUCUCUCCAGCAGGAGCCCAUUCCCACUGCUGUGCCCCAGAACAAGCCUCCACCCAAGCCUAAAAGCCCAUAUAUAAACCAAGAGGUCUACUUCUUCAUACCACGUCCAUGGAGGAUAUCUGACAUCCUUGGGCCAGAAGUGUCAGAGCCCGUCACAGAAGAGCAGAGGCCAGAGCGGGAAGCUAUGAAGAGGCAGGCUCAACAAGAGCGUGAGAAUGCUGCCAAAUACACCUCCUUGGGGAAAAUACAGUUUUUCAUUGAAAGGGAAAAGGAGAUGGAAAUUGCUGACUCCUAUGGCUAUAUAAUAAUGUAAGAGAUGAUAGGAUUGUUGGUGCCACUUUGGUUACCAGAUGCAGAUAGAUAGAUAUAAGUUUCCACAUGUAGACAGAUAGAUAGAUAUGGAUAGAUAAAAGUUUCCACACGUAGAUAGAUAGAUAUGUUUCCACAUGUAGAUAGAUAUAGAUAGAUAAAAGUU